CGCGAGGCAGCCAGAGACGUUCUCUAGCAUUGUGUCCUAAACAGUGUGAACCGCGUGACUAUGUUCGAUUACUCGAUUACACGAAACGAAAAUCAAUUAUAUUAAGGAMCCCUAACGGGCAGUUUUUUUAAGAUUUAAUUUUAGUUUUGCGGUCWAAAUCGACUUUAGUCUAAUAAUUUGUAUGAAUUUGUUUCUCUAUGCCCACUGAAUACGUAUCAACUUUUUGUUGUUUCAAAAUAUUUAAAAACAAAAUGUCUGUCGGAUUUCUACGAUGGACGAAAACCACAACGGUUUGGUUUUUAGUAAUCAUUAUAGGUUUAACUUAUUCAUCAUCCGUCAAAAAAGAUAUAACAUGUUAUGUGUGUUCACCAAAUCCAAUGUCUGAUAACACAGAAGCUUCAGAAAUCUCUAUUACUUUUUCAAAUUACGACAUUGAAUCGAUACCAACUUGUGGCUCAAAAGCUGCAGUMAAUUUUACAUUAAAAUGUCCAGAAAGAUAUAAAGGAUGUCUAACUAAAACUUAUGGUAAAAGUAUACUGAAAUCUUGCAAUGAGUAUCCCAUUACUGAUUGUAAAAUAGCAAAUAAUGUGAAGUAUUGUUUUUGUGCUAAUACUUUAUGUAACAACGCAACCAUUUUAACUCCAGUUCCAAUUCCAUCAGAUGAUGAAGAUUUAGACCAAUCAGCAGAAGAUGGAAGYGGGUUAUUUGACGAUUUGACGCAAUUAGAUAAACAUAAAUACACCAACAAAAUUACUAACACUACUGUAAUAUUAGAUACAUCUAAAAAAAAUAAUUCAUUUACAAAAGCAUCAGCUGAUAAAUUAGUACUGCUUAAUUAUACUUAUAUUUUAUGUUUAAUAUUCAUAUUCCAUAAAGCUUUAUAAUAUUUAGACUUUUUAAAAUAGUCACAUACAACAUWGAAGAGAAUAGUGAUAUUUUUUA